CAUACUUCCUCGGACAUGCAGGAGAUUCAGGUAUGUCACGCUACUGCACAAUCGGCAAAACCAUGCGUCUGAAUUGCGGAGGUGAUGAUGAGCCCUGAAAUUCCGUGACCCGAUUGGAAACUGUGGCGCAUAUCGAUGAUUAAGAACAUGCUGUAAGCAGUAUCGAGCAGAGGGUGCUGUACGAGCUUUCUUAUAAAAGGCAGUCGUUAAAUACGUCGACCAUGGUAGUGCUGUGGAACUGGUCUCUGAAAGUCGAGAUAAUGGAGUCACUUCUCACUGCCAUCCAGGCCCUCGUCCGUGAGACACUCAAGGUCCCACGCCUUAAACCAACUCGCUCCGAUAGCAAGCACCCACCGAGUAAACAGCCGCACUCAACCUUCAUUUCCUCAGAGAUACACCUGUCCCCCUUCGAAGAGCUUCCUCCUGCCUAUGAGCCUUCAACGUGGUGGCUAGACGGUCACUGUCCUGCACAUCCCCACUUCGACAACGCUGAUAGAAUCCGACUGCGGACGACGGAAGUCAAGCGUCCCCUACUUCAGUACAUCUUGGAAGGAUGUCGAAUCCUUCUGAAACGAGCGGACAACAAGUCACUUCUACUCCCAUUCGAUCAACAGAAGAUGCUUUGGAGCGCAGCCAUCUCCGUCCAUAAGUUCGGCGUUCUAUAUCUCGCCACUCGCUCAGAAUGUCGUGAAGAGUUCCUACCAGCCGUGGAAUCCAACCUAGACCGCUUCAAUGAGAUCGUCGCCUUCCUCUCUCACGACCACAAUGCCAUCCGUGCCAUCAACUACGGCGUCCACCGCCUGGUCAACAGCAACACUUUCACAGUGGACCACCAAACCAAACUCGUCCCCCCAAAUGCCAUAUCAUCCAUUGGCCCAGGCCACAUUGCCGUUCGAGAAAAAGACUUCGACAGCGAUAGCACCGACAUGCUGGACAACUCGUCCGCACUCUGGGACCUCCAUGACUUCGCCCACCUCACCGCUGCGUCUGUGUGUCCCGAGCUAUACGGCUCCAAAUACUUCACGCAUCUGAUCAAACUCCCAUCGAAGUUGACGGCUCUAAUACGUAGCCCGAAAAUGAAGACGGCAGACCCUACGCCCCGUUGUUCGGAUGGGGUUGUCUUCAGCGAAUUGCUCACGGUUCUGUUCACGUCUGAGAUUGAGGCGGUCCAACGAGCGGAGAAAACACAUACCUAUGCCUCUCUCGCCGAUACAUUGGCCGAGGACGUGGCCGAUUACCUGAUGGGGAAAUGCGAGCUUCAACAUCUGACGACGGGUGCCAUGCUACAGGCGAAGAAGCCUAUCAGCGCGGUUCAACUGGCGACCUUGGUCCAGAACAAGGCGUAUGAGCUGACCGCCAGCGAGAUCGAGCAGCGGGUGAUGACCAGGGGUGGUCCGGCUGGGGACUCCAGGGACGAGCUGGACAGCCGCAGCCCGUUCGAGAGAAUCAAGUUCCUGGCCCACUGUCGAAGAUGGCUGUACUUCGAAGUGAGGAAUACAAUCAAGCAUCGGGCCCAUAAAUUGGCAUACAAGAAGGUAGCAGAGCGUAUGCUUGCACAAGGUGAUGGCAGCUCUAUUACUACCGAUGAUCGAGUUCUGUUAGAACAGGUACUAGACCAUAUUCGCUAUGAGGGUUGGGAAAGCAACGCCAUUGUGAACCUUUGGCAGGCAAUCAUUGAUAUGAAUUCGGAGGGUCAAUCUGCUACGCUGUAAAUCUGAGCGAACCAUGGAGACUUCUUCUUCAUAUGGGAAACAGUCUCAACCGAAAAAGAGUAACCAGGAAAUCUACCAUCGCAAGUAAGUAGUAGGGGUCGCGUCAGAGUUAGUGAUAACUCUUCUCGAUGAAGAGCUGAG